AUGAAGACUUUCAGAGGAAAUCUCCAAGCUGUGGAAGCUGGAGAUGCCCUCUUGUCUUUGGAUGCUUUUUGCAAGAAGCAUCAUGUGCUCAUGAAGGAGAUUUUGGGCAUCACUACUCGGCCGACUGCAGCUGUCAUGCGUGAAUCAAUGAGCUUGGUGUGGCCAGGGGCACCAAGCUUGGAGCUGAAGACGUUUGCGAAUCAUCUUCACGAAGUUUACAAGACUCUCUUCACGAAGACUCGCAACAUGUCCACAGGAGGAAGGCUGGCCGACAGCAUUCAGGACAUGUGCUUCUUCAUCAAGGACUUGCUCGGUUUACCGGAGAGUAAGCAGGGGUCCAAGAGGGCAAGCUCAGGCUCUGCCCGGUCGCCCAAAGCCUCUCCGAAGAAGCAGACCAAGCAAAGGCUGGACUCGACAUGCCAAAAGGCAUCGACAAGGAAACUUGAGGUUCACGUCUCUGUGUCCUCUUCGGAUGCAGGUGCAACAGUUAAGAAGGAGCCGGCAGAAGCUGCAGAACCUGCAUCAAGCCAUACGAGAGAUGGGCCAAGGCCUCUGCCUACAGGCCAAAUCAGCAAGCUAUACCAGCAGGCUGCAUCGGCCGCCAGCUUUUUCCACACAGAUUUGUCAGUACCAACGGUGCUGCGAAUUGCAGGUGACAGCCGAGAGGCUGCCAAGAUGCACAAGGGGCCUUCUGGUUUUGCUGUGGCAGUGUGGUCCGAUGGGCAUCAGAUCGUGAGCGAGAUCCCGAACCUUCUGCUGGACAAAGCAGCUGCAGCCAAAGCAUCUCCUAAAGGAAAAGCAAAAGCAGCUAGCAAAAAGAAGCCAGCUGCAGUCAUCAAGAAGCCAGCCUGCCUUCCGCAGGAAGAUGGAGAAUCUCCAGCUGCAGGUGCAAAUGAUGCUGCAGCAGCCCAAGAUCUCGAAGCCCCUGCCGAAGCCGCUCUGGUUCCAGUCGAUGCUCCAGCUGCAGAUGAUGAUCAGGAUCCGAACUAUGGGGAUGUGGCGGUUCUCCCUGCAAAUGCGGUUCUUCGGAAGGAGUAUCGUGCAGCAAACAUGACCAUGGCCUUUCGCAUGAUUUGGCGAAACGAAAAGAACAAAGAGUGCAAGAGGCAGAUGUUCCAGCUGAAAGGCGGCUCCGCCACCACGAAGGAGCAAAUGCAUGCAACAGGAGAGGAAGCCCUACGAAAAGCUCGAGCUGGAGAGCGUUUGGCCCAGGUCGAGACCAUGGUGCUCGUGCCGCUCUACUGCGAGGACAAGGGCUCUGGAGUGCUUGUAGCUGUGUUUUUGGAUUUGGGCCGCCAUGGCGGCGGUGCAGCUGUGGAUUUGGAGGAGGAGGAGGAAUCCGAGGAGUCGGAGGUCCGGGUGGAAGACCCGGCAGUGCCCGUGCCGGCCGAGGACUGGAAGUAUCAUGCGAAGGGGAAGCAGCGGGAGAAGAGCUGGAUGGAGGUGCCAUCGGAGCCGAAGCCGCCCAUCCAGCCGAAGCCGCUGAAGCCGCCUAUCAGCAAGGGCAUCCCGAGGGCCUUUCAGGACAAGACGCCCAUCAAGGCCGAGAGCUUGGGGAAGGCUUUGAUCCCCAGGUAUCCGACAGUGUUUCAGCCACCGGUGCCGGCAAUCAACAUCAAUUUCUUUGGGAGCUCAGGUGCCUCCGAUGUCAUCGCCGGGUUGCUUGCGGCCAUUGGAGCCGGGAUGGCGCGGCAGGCGCCGAUGCCGCCGCCGGCGGCGGGCCCAGGGCCAAUUAUCGAGGAGGUUAAGCCGGAUGAGGAGGACGAGCCCGGCAUGGAUGUGGACGAUGAGGAGGAGGAUGGCAAGGGCGAUUCGGAGGAGGGCAAGAAUAAGAGAAAGAGGGAUGAGGAGUGA